AAAAUAAGCCUAGCGCGAUAGGGAUUGUUUACUUGCGUACGGCAUAGUAAAGCCCAUAGGAAAAAUUAAAGUGACCGGGGCAACUGACAGGGCGCGACACCGACUCAACCACACACACCACACUCCAAACGACUCCACACACCGAUAAGUAAACUAAACAACACUUUGCGACCUGCAAACCUGCAAUCUACAUCAAUCUAUCUUUAACCCACACCAUAAUCCAUUCAACCCACAUGUUCACACCAACACAAACCACCCAAGAUGACUCGUGUAGGCCAAAAACAUCGCGCCAGCGCUGGCAGUAGAACAACUUCUGGCUCUGCUGGUUCUCCUUUUAAAUCGCCUCUCAAGAUCCCCCUAAACGACGACAUAUCAGAAAAAAGGGGCCGACUACACUCAAGAAGAGCCCUUUACGAAAAACAAAUCAACGACCUACAGGCCGCUGCCACGACGCCUGGGAAGAAGAGACUGGCGGAAGGCGACAAUGGAACUCCCCGCACCGACCCGCGAACGCCGCGACGCAGCGGGGAUGACGAUGACGAUGUUUUUGUUGUUGGAAGCGGCGUGACCCCUAUGAAGCGUGUGCCUAUUCUAGCCAAUUUCGAAGAAUGGAUGAAGAUGGCCACCGACAAUAAAAUCAACGCCACGAACUCCUGGAAUUUUGCUCUGAUCGACUAUUUUCAUGACAUGUCCCUACUCAAGGAUGGAGAUGGGGUCAACUUCCAACGAGCCAGUUGCACCUUGGACGGCUGCGUGAAGAUCUAUACCAGCAGAGUGGAUAGUGUUGCAACUGAGACAGGCAAGCUGCUUAGCGGCUUAGCGGAUAGCAACUCCAAGAAAAAGGAUAGGGACGCCGAUGGUGAGGAGAGUGAGGAGGAAGUCGACGAGGAUGGAAACGUCGUCAAGAGGAAGUCGAAGAAGCGACAACGAUCCUCAGAAGCGACUCUUGCACCAUCGUUCGCUUCUCUCCAGCUCAAGAAAUUCGAACUUGAAUUCGCAGUCGAUCCGUUAUUCAAAAAAGCCUCGGCAGACUUCGACGAGGGUGGUGCCAAGGGCCUUCUACUAAACCACCUUAUGAUCGAUGGCAAGGGCCGUAUUGUGUUCGAUAGCAGUGAUGAUGCCAAUGAUGCCUCCGACGAACGGAUCAAACUCCGCCGGAGAGAGGACGUUAUCGCGGAGGAAGACGAGGAUAUGGAGGACGCGGAGGAUGAACAUGAAGCGACUAUCACCGAACAGGCUGGUCAAGAAGAGGAAGACGUUGAGAUCGAUAUUGGCGCGCUGGGCGCUAAAUUCUUCCCCGACCUUGGUCGACUAGACGAGCAAGACAUUUGCCCGUCAUUGAAAACUUUUGAGCUUGGUAACCCAUCUGGUUCUUUGGAUAUUCCCUUCUUGCGUGCCCUAGAAGAUGACAACGAAGACGGGGAUGAGAGUGGAAAUGUUGGUAACCACUCUGGCAUGCUUAUUGAUGAUGACAAUCUGGCUGGCUUCGAUGAUAUGACAGCUAUAGGAGGAUUCGACGUCGCGGGUGAUGUUGCAUUCGGCGAGGGUGGUGAAGCCUGGGCACGAGAAGCCGCGCUAGAGCCUCAGAUGCGCCCAUUUAAUGUAGGCGCAGACGAUGGCAUGCCUGGCGGUGAUGGUGUGGAUGGUGUGGAUGGUGUUGAGGAUGAGAACAACGACUACAUCGUAUCUAUGAACCGCUCCAGGAACGACGAUAAGAUGCACGAAGAUAUCCUGGGUUACUUCGACCAAGCUCUGCAGAAGAACUGGGCCGGCCCAGAGCACUGGAGAAUACGAAAGAUUAAAGAUGCCAAUAAACCCGAGACGUCUACCCGCCAACGAAAGGAAAAGGAACCUUUCGAGAUAAACUUCGCAUCGCCGCUCGAUCCAAAACUGGGCGAAACAAUCUUUACUCAGGCUACGAACAAUUCCGCCAUAUCCAUGCCUAAGAAGGAUUGGAAGUCAAAGACUCGAAACCUUCUCCCGGACGACAAGCAUUUCAACUCGACACAGCUUCUUAACCUCUUCCUUAAGCCUAAGGCCCGCUUGAGCCGCCGUAACCGCUUCCGGAACAAAGGAGGAUUUUUCGGUAAUAACAAUACCCAGUCAGACAACAACGUGGCUCCGGGUGACAUGGAUGAGGCCUUCUGGGCACAAAGAGAGCCACUCCAAAGCACCGAAGAUGACACGGCUAUGCCGAAGGGAGACUACGAUGCCAAUUUCUUCGAUGAUGAGAUGCCGCUCCCAGGUGGCGGCAUGCUGGACGAUGAUGACGACAUGGAGUUUGCGGAUGCUAGGGAUCACUUCUCACCUGGCCUUGACGUUCCCAUGACCCAAGAUAUUGGUAUUACUGGUAUGCUAGACAACGGUAUGACAAUGGGCGGAUUCGGCACACAACUUGUUACGUCAACACGUCGUCUGAGGCCAGAAUAUGUACAGUAUGCUCGUGUAGCUAAGAAGGUCGAUGUACGUCGACUAAAGGAGGAGCUCUGGAAGAGUAUAGGGCUCCCCGACACCGAGCAGGACCCUAACCGCUCGAGACUUCCAACCCCGCCAACGGACGCACAAAAGCAGGAGGCACCGACGCUCAAGUUCACAGAUGUCAUGAACGACCUACAGACCGUCUACAACAAGACCGCGCUCGACGAUAUCUCGACGAGCUUCUGCUUCAUCUGCUUGCUGCAUCUAGCCAAUGAAAAGGGUCUCAGUAUCGAGAACACACCCGAGCUCAUGGAGCUCGAAAUCCGUAAGGAUUGGUCUGCUGAGGUCACUGGCGAGAUCUAGUUGGGGGAAUUCAAAUCAAUUCCUUUCCUGUCCCCUUCUUCUCUAGUUAUAGAUACGAUGGCCGAAGUUAAGGGAUGGAUAUAUCCAUACAUGACACAUGACAUGACGUGACGUUACGACUUGGGGAUCGUUUGGACUGUAUUGACUUUUGCAAAACAGAAGACAAGCCAUAGCAAGCAAACAAGUGGAGUGGUCUGUCAUAUUUCUGUUAGGGCUUGUGGUUGGCGUACCACUUGCUCUGCGUAUUUGUUUGAAGAGGGAGAUCCGAGAUAUUGAAUCAGUUUUCAAC